AUCCAGAGUACACAAUAAAUUGGUCCGAGCGCCGAUCAGUUAUGCUAGGAUAUCGGCACCUUGGAUCGCGUCUUUGGCCAUGCUGACUUCCGCUCUCCGCGCGCCCGCCUUACGUGGCCACCACUCACUGUACCCUGCUCUACUGUCGUCUCCAUCCACCGCCCGCCUCCUGAGCUCUGCCCCUAAGGAGCUGUCGCCCUACCAGAAGCUGCAGAAGUGGCUACAGCCGUUCGUAGCCGGCUCCAAGGGUCUGUACAAUGAAAACAAACAGGCGUGGGCGCUGCGCCGCCGUAUGAAGGAAUCCGAUGGCCAGGCGAACCUCACACGCCGAGAGAUGAUGUUGCUCCGUCAGGCGCACCGCGAUCUGCUCAAGUCGCUGCCCAUCCUGGCUUUCUUCUGCGUGCCGUUGCUGGGAUACGCGGCGCCUUUGCUCGGCUACCAGUUCCCCAAACAGCUACUGCCCUGGCAAUUCUGGCGGCCCGACCAGAAGACGCAGUUCUUCCAGGAGGACGUGGAGGCAAGAGCCAAGACGUACCCGGAGCUGACCCAGCUGCUGCUACAGAUCGAGCACAAGGAUGGCAUGCUGCAGGAGAUGUUAGCUCUGUCCAAGAAGGCCGGCGGCGGUGGCCUGCAUCCUACGCAGGUGGCCGAGCUCACACCCUUCUUUGAGGGUCCAGCAGCGCUCCGUGCGCUUUCGAGCAAGCACAUCCACGUGUUGGCCGAGGGCUCGGCGCUGUUCCCGAGCUUCGCCGUGCUGAACAAGCUGCUGAUGCAGUCGCAGCUGGAGAAGAGGCUCGAGAGGAGGAUGGAAGAGUUGAGUGUGGACGACCAGCAGCUGCUGAGGGAAGGCGUGGACGACUUGACUCUGGAUGAGCUCGAGUUCGCCUGUCAGGAGCGCGGAAUUGUCACGCGGUACGGCGAGAUCGAGACGCUGCGCGACGCGCUCAAGGAGUGGCUGAACAUGUACGACACCGACCACUUCGACCCAAAGACUAACCCGCAGAAGCUGCCAUCGUCGCUGUUGCUGCAUGCUCCUGCGCUGUCUAGUUUUGCCAAGCAGGAGAUGGACACGACUGUUUAGAUAAAACUGAGCCGCAUUCGUUAUAAGUUUCCUAUGAAACAACUACAGUAACAUGCACUCACGUUGCCAAUUCUUGUGGAAU